AUGAUAGAUGCUGGGAAGGCAAAUAUGGCGGAUCUUUUUCCACUUCUUCAAUUUCUUGAUCCACAAGGCAUCCGAAAGAGGGGAGAUGACGAUACUCAGAAGUUGUUGAAAGUUUUUGGUGAUAUUUUCGAUAAAAGAAUGCUACUAAAAACUUCAUCAAAUAAGAAUUUUAAAGUAUACGAUGAUGAUUUAUUUGUUGCUGAGAUAGAAACAACAACAAGCACAAUAGAAUGGGCAAUGACAGAAUUGGUGCACAACCCUAAAAAGAUGGCUAGAGUCAAAGAGGAGCUCCUACAAGUCCUUGGCAAAGAUGGCAAGCCACAUGAAUCAAAUAUCUCUGAAUUUCAUUACAUAAAUGCAAUUGUGAAGGAAACAUUUCGGUUGCAGCCACCAGUUCCCUUUUUAGUUUUACAACACAAAUCAAAGUCUAUGGUAGAAAUAUGUGGCUUCAAAGUUCCCAAGGACACACAAGUUCUAAUUAACUUAUGGGCCAUUGGACGAAAUUCUAGCACUUGGAGUGACCCAAAUUCCUUUGUGUCAGAAAGGUUCUUAGAGUCCAAAAUGGAUGUUAAGAGUUUUGAUAUUGGGCUCAUUCCAUUUGGGGCUGGAAGAAGAAUGUGUCCAGCACUUCCACUUGCUCAUAGAACAGUGCAUUUCAUCUUGGCCUCUCUUCUACACUAUUUUGAUUGGAAGAUUGUUGAUGUUGUUAAGCAUGCAUCAAGGAUCCUAAAUGGAGAUUCUCUCAACAGGAGAGCACCUUUCCUCUCUACAGGAGAGUACCACUACAGGGACACAGCAAAAAAGAAUGCAAUAAGGAGAUGGCCAUGGCGGCGUGGAAUCCAGACCAAGCCAAAUCACAAGCUAGGGGUAGGCCAAGCCAAAUCUCUGAAUAGGGGAGAGGGAAGAAGAUGGAAGCAGAGCAAAUCACAAGAAGGGGACGAAGAGACGGAAGCACGUGACAUCCAGGAAUUACAGGAAUCUGCAGCCAACGGAGUAGGUAGAAGUCUAGAAGAGGGAAGGAAGGAAAAAGGAAAGAAAGGAACAUCAGAAAAUUAG